AUGGAAGCAUAUAUGUACGUAUCUAUCGCUGUUGGUAUGAAUUCAAACUCUCCUUCAGAGGUUGCAGGUUCAAGCCACAUUGCUGUUCGGUUUCUCAUUCGGUCUUUCUGGUCGGAACAUUCGUCAAUCCUUGAGCAACGUCUUGAGUUGGAAACUGGUGACCACGACCGUUGUGCUGUUCUCUUGGUUCUGAAAUCGUUGAGCACGGUUGAAAUAGGGGUUGAGGAAGAAGAAAAGUGUGUGGGGUUGACGUCCAGAGAAACAGGGGUUGGAAAUGACUCACGAGCUCUUUAUAUUGUAUUUGUCAAGUUUAUUAUUGGACAUAAGCAUGAGUUACAUCAUUUUGUGACACCGGAAGUAAGGUCGGAGUUGAAACCAAAAUUGGGACUUGAAUUUGAUUGCUAUGACAAUGUGUUCAAUUUCUAUAAUAUGUAUGCUGCGGAAGCCAGAUUCGGCAUUCGGUGUUCUACAACGAGGAUGUGCACACUGACAGGAGAGGUAACAAGGAAGGAAUAUGUAUGUUGUAAACAAGGGUAUGCAUUGACAAGCACUGUUAGUCGUAAGAGAAGACGACGAGGUUGUACUCGAACUGGUUGCAAGGCUAAACUUGCGAUAUUGAAGGUGAAAGACAAGAAUAAGUACAUUGUUGUAGGAUUCAAUGAGGUACACAACCAUGACAUGACCACAGUUGAUAAAGUCCAUCUAUUGAGAUCUCACCGUAACUUAACAGAGUCUACAAAGGUGUAUAGUGCAGAUAUGAGCAAAGUUAAUAUUCCGGUAUAUAAACAGUUAAGCCUUCUUGAGGUGCAAGUAGGGGAAUUGGAAAAUGUUGGUUUUGUUAAUAGAGAUGUCUAUAAUUAUCUAAGGGACGUGCGUGGAGAGGUGAUUGGCCAUGAUGCAGAGCUACUUAAGGAGCAUUUUAUGGCCAUGCAAGAAAAGAAUGAAUCCUUUUAUUUCAAGAUGGAGGUAGAUUCAGAAGGAAGGAUGGGUAAUGUUUUCUGGUCAGAUGCAAGGUCAAGACGAGCUUAUGGGUUUUUUGGACAUGUGGUGGUAUUUGAUACGACGUUCAACACGAACCGCUAUAGGAUGGUCUUUGCGCCUUUGUUAGGCGUUAAUAACCAUCGGCAAACAGUGUUGUUUGGUUGUGCAUUCCUAACUAGCGAAACCACGGAUUCAUUUGUAUGGUUGUUAGAGGAAUUCAAGAAAGCCAUGCUGGGUGAGCCACCCAAAAUGAUCAUCACUGAUCAAGAUGCAGCCAUGUCAAAGGCAAUUGCUGUAACUCUCCCGACAACAUUCCAUAGAUAUUGCAUAUGA